AUGUGCUGGAUGUAUUUGGUUAAAGGGAAUUCAAUCCUUGCAAAUCUUUCAGGUAUAUUGACAUCAGGUCUUGGAGAUUCUAUGGCUUCAAUGAUUGGUAGAAGGUAUGAUUGUCAUAAAUGGCCAGGCACAUCUAAAACGGUUGAAGGAUUUGUUGCAUUCAUUUUUUUUCAAUUAUCGGGUGUAUUUGUUUUAUCGAAAUUUGGGAUGGCUGUUAAGGAAUGA